AUGGCCAAACGAACCAAGAAAGUCGGUAUUGUCGGAAAAUACGGCACGCGUUACGGUGCGUCAUUGCGUAAGAUGGUUAAAAAGAUGGAAGUAACUCAACAUUCUAAAUACACAUGUUCAUUUUGUGGUAAAGACAAUAUGAAACGUAAAUGUGUUGGCAUCUGGAAAUGCCGUUCAUGUCAAAAGACUGUUGCUGGCGGCGCUUACGUUUAUUCAACAUCAACAGCUGCUGCUGUUCGUUCAGCUGUACGUCGUUUACGUGAUAUGCGCGAACAAUAA